UUUGGCCUUUACAUUUUCCUUGGUAAGAGAAUAAAUGCACAAAUUAAAAAAUUGUCACAUAAUUAUAUUAAACAUUAUUAACAGUUCAAUGAUAAUAAUAAGUAUGACAACCUCUUCAUGAAAGUUUUAUGAAAAGAGUGGAGACAGUCAAUAAUGUUUGAUUGUCAUAGAAACCAAAAUUGAAUUCUUACUUGCAACAGGGUAACAGGAAACACUCAAUAGAUAACAUGAGCUUGACUAAUGUAAAAACAAAUAUCAGAUAAUUUGCUGAACAUUAAAUAUUGCAACAGGUGUACUGAAAAAUACUUAAUUACAAGUGAAUAUUGAUGUUUUUUUAGUGUUUCUACUCUUAAUACAAAUGAUUAGUGUAUGACAACUGAGCAGAUGGUGCUGGGAUUAGAAAGGAUUUGAUGCAGAUAGAAUGGAUCCUUUACCAGUUAUGUCUCUAUACUCUUCUCUGCCUCAUAACAUCAGACAGAAUCUGACCAGCUUCAGCGGGACACUUUUUAUCAGCAACAAAACGAGAGACUGUGAAGAUCGAUCCUACAAUAUCCCAGCUCAUGAGACAGUGUCCAGCCUCCCUUUACAGAUGGGAUUGUACUUCAGUGCCAUUUUCUUUCCAUUCUGGUGGGUGUCAGAAUUGGUCAUGCUCCAUCUCAAGUACAGCAUGUUACCUGGAUACUACCAAUUGAUACUGUUGGCUGCUAUAAUAAUCCUCACACUGACUGAGAGUGUUCGGCUCUGUCUGGGCUACAUGGGAAACUUACAAGAGAAGCUGCCAGAGUUAGCUGGAUUUUGGCUGCUAUCCUUUGUAAUCCAGCUCCCCGUUAUUCUGUUCCUUCUCACUGAUGAAUCCAUCAUCAUCACUCCUCUGGAAAGGGGUGUUCAUAUCAUCUACUUCAGCCUCCUGGUUCUCGAGUUGGUUGUGGGAUUCCGCGCCCUCAGGGAAAUGACCAACCACCUUGUGAAGCGCUUCUACCUGCAACAGUUUCACAAAUCUGAGCUUUUUCAGCGGCAUCAAAGAAGCCAAGAAACAGGCAUUCCAUUUCAGAUCGGUCCAGUUUUCCAUGUGUAACGGGCCAAGGACUUUCAAGUACAUUGACUCUAAUGACGUUACAAUCCAACAGGACAACUUCAGCAAUAUGGAGGUCCUGGCUUCGACUGACAGUUACCAGGAAGGCAUUGUUCCUGCACCAGUGAUAUUUCCUGAAUAGUGUAGUGUUUCAUUAGCUGAGCCAUACGAAAUUACCCAAAGGAAUCAUGGAUCUAUACUGUCAGAGGAAAAAUUGUCCUUCCAAUUAUUUAAAUAAAAUUAUCCCCUAAUGGAAAAUGUUCAUUAAUAUUGAAUGUUUGUGUUGUAUUUACAAUUCUCUUUGUUUUGUAUAUCAUAGGCAUUUUCCCCAGUUUCCUCCCUUUAUCCCAUCUCUAUGUGAGUCGUUGAUUGUAUUAAAUGGUUAAAUGGCGUAUCAGACAAGCUUGAACCUGAUGUCACAUACACGUCUUCUAGAACUUAUCAUUGAGGUGCAAUAUGCAAGGUUAUUCCAAUAAACAUUUUGUUCAUGCUUUAACACCAUGACUUUGGUAUGCGGCUCAUGGUUUAGCUUCUGUUGUAUCUUGACUCACCUGCCCCAUCGACAGUUUUGGUCAAAUCGCUGGUAGGAAGAAAGUAACUCCGGAACCAAAUACAUUGCCCUAAGGAAGGGAAAUCAGAUAGGCAAAUCCUCUAGUAUGUAUAAUGGUGUGUACAAUAGGAAGUAAGCACCAAAGAUCAUAGAGCAGAGCACUCCGCUCUAAGAUCUUUGGUACGCACUAGACACACACA